AAUUUUCAGGCCCAGGUUUUAGACCGACUAUGAGUCCAACCUGACCCGACUAGCUAUUCCUUCCUAGGGUUACUCUUCCCUGCAGUCUGCUACACACUAAAGUCUCAUGUUUACUUCUUUCUCCUUUAGUCCAGAACAGAGAUGGUUAGGGUUUAGGGGUUUUACGUUGAUGAAAGACUAACUGCAAUCAAAAAUGGCAGUGGAAGGUUCAGAAAAGCAGGCGCCGGUGAAUCCCUGCUGUCAAUUGUGGAGAAAUAGGUGCUCUCAGCUACAAGAGAAGCGGAGCGCAUUGCGCCAAGCUCUGAAGCUUUUCGAGCAACAACUUGAUAAGGUUCAAGCUGAAAAUCUCUCUCUCAAGAAAGCAUGUGAAGAAGAGCGGGCGCGUGCAGAAGUUGAGAAAGUGGGAAGAGAGCAAGAAUUGGCUGCAAGAGAUUCAUUGGAGAAUGAGAUAUCUGCCUUGAAGUCUGAAAUUUCUAUAUUACAAAAGAGAGGAAGAUCGCAUGCUGAAGAUAAGAGUGAGGAUGUGAAACUCCUGCAAGUUUGUAUUUCUGACAGGGAAAAAGAAAUAAAUCGGCUGAAAGAGCUGCUUGAGAAAGAGAAAAAAAGGGCAGAUUCUGAAAAGAAGAAUGCUGAAGCAGAGAAGAAGAGAGCUACUGAAGCAUGGAAAUAUGUUAAAGUGGAAAAGAGUAAAGCUGAUGAAGAAAGGAAGUUAGCAAAUACUAAAGGAGAGAAGGCUAAGGAAUAUAGGUUACAGUUGGAGGCAAUGAGUAAAGAGGUUGAUGAUACUAAAGCGAAAUUACAUUCUGUGACAUUAAAGUUGGCUGAGGGAAACAAAAAACUUGAAGCUGAAAAACAGAAGGCAACCAAAGAGAGAAAACAUGCAGAUGCAGAGAUGAAUAAAGCACAGGAGCUAAGAAAGCUAGCAGAAGCCAAUCGGAAUCAGGCUGAGACAGAAAAAUGUCGUGCUGAAAGUUUGUCUCUGCAGUUGGAAGAGACUAGACAUAGAGUUCAGAAAGAAAAAUGCUUGUCCAAUCAGCUUUCCCAACGGUUAGAAGAAGCUACAGGAAAGAUUGAUGAAUUGCAGAAGCAGAUAUAUGUCCUUCAGUCCUGUAGAAAAAUGAUCAAGGCUUCUGCUGUUUCACCUGAAAAGCAUUUGAAUGCUGACUCUGGGAAAAUGAAGCUUAUGAAAAAACAAUUGAAGUUUGAAAAAAUGCAAGUAAAGCAUGCCAAACAAGUGGCUAAGUUGGAGAAACGACAUAAUAUUAUUCUGCGAGAAGUACUAUGUCGCUUGAAGUUGGAUCUUGUUCAAUUUUCUGAUCGCCUAGAUUUAGUGGAUAAAUGCUUCUCGCUCAAGGCUGAAGGUAUAGAUAAUCUGGUAAAGGAAAAGGUUAUGGAACAACCAAACAUGCAAACAUUGAAGGAAGAAGUCAUUGGUGUAGAGCCAUUUCAGAGUUACCUUCAAAGUGAAAAUGAACUUCUAAAGCCUUGUUACCGGACUAGUGCUGCCUUUGGUCCUCUUAGGCAAACACUUCAAUGUCUUGUGCCAUCACAGUCCUUAUCUGGAGGGAACUGUUGUGAAUCCUUUUCAGGUAUUGAUUCUAAAGAUUCUAAAUUGGAGUCUCUGGUUGGAGGCUCUAGCCGAAAAAUGUUACAGAGUUGUGCAAUAAAUUCCAGUUCGGCUUCUUUUUCUGAUGGACUAUUCAUGGGCUCUCAGGGAAAAGGUGCUUCUUCUGUCACCACAUGCUCAAAAUUUAUGGAAGAGAGCUUGAAUGCUCAGCCAACAAUUUCCAAUAUGUCUGGUGAAGUUAACAAAAUGAGAUGCAAGAAAAAUCUUGCUGUGGUCACUGAAGAUAAUGUUAGAAGUCCUCUUAAAAUUUCUGGCAUUGGAAAUGGCAAUGGAUUUAAUAAGAAGAGAAAGAGAUCACUUGAUGCAAUUGAAUCCAUUGAAUUGUUGCACUCAGAGGGUAAGCAGUUGCAUCUACAGAUGGAAGAGAAGCUGUCUGAUUUUCAUUGUAAGUUAAACAGACAAGUUGGUGAAUCCUUGGAAGAGGCAAAUAAUAUAGUACCUAAACUUCAAGAGAAUUCAUUUGUCAAGCAUGAGCGGUGCCACAAGAAGAAAAAGACAUCACAUAAAGAGACUGUAGGUAUUCAGUAUUUGUUGAGUACUGAUGAACGGAAGAAGACACAGAAAGUUGGUGGUAAUAUCCAUGAAGAUGCAAAUCUGUCUAGAGAAGUUUGCCAAUCUACUAUUGGUCCAAUAGGAUCUGCAUGGCCAUGUGCAGAGCUUAUUAAUGAUUCAAUUAUUAGUGACGUGCAAACAAAUGAAAAAUUUGAGGAAAUGGCAGAUGGAGAUUUUAUGAAAUUGCUGGACUUGGAUAAUCCUGUUGAUGAGGAAUGUUACAGAACAGCAAUGGAAAUGCCUCUGUCGCCUACUCUUCCUGAGAUUGAGUUUCAGGGUGCUGAAACAUCUGAAAUGAGUAAAUCUGAACCUUUGGCUGAAAAAAAUUUGUACAACGGUUUAUCUGAUGAAAAAGAAAAUAUGGUGCCUUCUUGCAGUUUUGAAGUCAUCAAUGCUGAGAUUAAUUCCAAUGAUUUAAAGAAAUGUAUUUCUACUUCAUUAUUGUAUGAGAAUGAAGGUCCUGUCGAUUCCUAUGAACCUCAAGGGGGUAAUGAUAAUGGUUUUCAUGGUAAUAAGCAAGCAGGAAAAGCUUGUGAUCAUCUGUUUGAGGACUUUGGAUUGGAUGGGGUAAUAUCUGAUCCAUUUAGAUCUAGAGAUGGAGUUGUGCCUUUUGAAAGUGAAGUUGGACCUGCAUGUAAUAAUGUUUCUAACCUCUUCAUUGUACUAGGUGAUUUUAAGGACAAUAGCAGUAUAUCCAGAAUAUAUUGUGCCACAAAAUCUUGUAUGGAUCGAUGCUUGUUGGUUACUCAAACAGAGUGGAUAUUGCAAAAGCUUUUGCUUGCUCUUAAAAUGGAAGAAAAUUUGCUUUCAAAGGAAAAAGCCUCUGUAUUAUUUUCACUGUUACUUCUCAACUUCUCAAUCACCGCUCCAGGACAGCCUGGGAACAUUUUGAGUAGGGAUUUCACGGUCUGCUCAGAUUCUUUUGCCAGACAUGUUCAUGCAGUAAUGUCUGAUGCUGAGGCAAGAAGCAUGCUAGAAGAUUUAAGUUUGGAUGAGCUGCUCAGUCUCAUUGAGGAUUUCCUAGUGGAUGGAAGAGUCAUGAAAUGCACUGAUGGAUCUUCUGCAACAUUGAGCGAAAGUAAUUCAAAAGUCAAUGUCCAUCUAGAUGGUGCAAAUGCAAUGUUCUCAUUUGAAGCAGCUUCAGCUGACCAGGUGGUAGCAGGGAGCAUUAUAUUGGCAUCAAUAUCUGCAUCAACCAAUCACAUUGCUUAUAUUAGUGAGGCUGCAUACAAUGUUUCUCGGACACACAGGAAUGAUCCUCCCCUGUUGCUGACCGUUCUUCACAUUUUGGCUUACUUGGGUGGGGAAGAGUUCGUUACCUUGGCAAAAGACAAUUUAACAAUGACUGUAGUGAAAUCAAUAGUCACAUAUCUUGAGAGAAGAAGUGUACAAUCUGCUGAAACUUCUUGUCUUCCAUCUACAAGUGAUUUUCAAACUGAGUUCCUUCCCUGUGUUGAAUGCCCAUUUGCAAAGGAUGCAGUUUCUGUAGAUUUUGCCAUAUCAUUGCUCCUGGAAAAGCUUAAGAGGUGUACUCAGUCUGAGACCGUGAAUGUCCUAUUCCAUGAGGACGAAACUGAACAAAUUUGCCAAGACCUUUGUAAUAUUUGUGACAUGAAGGAUGAUGAAUCAUGCUCCUUGAAAAAGUAUGAGAUGCCCACUUUCCAAUCAGAAUCUGUUGUCAAUAUGACUUUGUGCCAUGUCACUGAUGUUUUGUCGUUGAUGGAACUGCUUGCAUGCAACAUGAGAUGGGAUUGGACAUGCACUAAAAUAAUCCCUGAGCUGUUGAGGAUGUUGGAAUCACCCAUGCAGGAGAGCUUCACGGUAGCCAUUGUCAUUCUUCUUGGGCAGCUUGGAAGACUUAGAGUUAAUGCUUGUGGGUAUGAAGAUAAGGAAGUUGAGAGCUUCAGAAGCAAAUUGUCCACCUUUCUGUGGCGGGAUACUGCCACUAGAGCUAGUCUUCCUGUUCAAAUUGCCAUUGUUUCUGCUCUGCUUGGGCUUCUUUCUCUGGAUUUUGAGCAAAUCAUUAAGACUAACAAGGAGUAUUCAACCAUUGCAAGUCAGUCAAUUCCAGCAGCUGAUCAUAUAAAGAAAUGGUUUUCAUCUCUGAGCAACAAGAAUCAGGCCUUGUCAUUUAGCCUCUUGCAGUGCCCUGAUUUUGCUACAAAACCCUGAAUUUAUAACUCCAGAACCGUAUGUAUAUCUACCUUCUGGGUACCCAGCAUUUUGAAGUGGGAUGGAUGCCUUUAUUGAAGUUAUGUCUAUUAUGAACUAUGAUCAAAACUGAAAAUUUUGAUGGAUUCUACUAUCAAGAACAGAGUUGCUUCUCGGAAACUAUGAUUUUGAAUCACCAGAGAAAUUUUGAAAAAAAGUUGAUGAAGUCUUUUGUGCUUCAUUCCUCUUAAGUAAAUUUGUAGAUUUUGUUAGUCUUCAUGUAAUAAAAUUUUGUAUUUCUGAUGCUUUGCAAUGUUCAAGCUAGGUAUCUACCUUUGGUCAAGUUUUAUUCUUAUGGAACUGAGUUUUGGCCUGAACUUCCUGUAAUUUUCUAUGAAUCAUUAAAUUUCUGAGUUUAAAUUUGUGAAAA